AGUCAGUCGGUAUACGCGUCACGUGACAUUUUAGGGAAACGUCAGGCGCCCGCCCCUUCUCUCCAUUUCGAAAGAUCGAGACGCGGACUAUUUAAGCUCCCAGCGCGCUUUUGCCGAUGCGAAUUAGAAAGUGAAAUCACAAUUUACUGGGACCCAUUGGGAUCGUUCGACCGUCCAUAUCGUUUCUCUCUAUUCAUCUUUCCAAGUGUUUAGAAUUCACCGUUCUGUCCAGAAAAGAAAGAACAGAAAAGCACGAAAUGUCCAUUGUACCGCUCGUCUUCCGCGACUGGUGGGAGGAUAUGGAUCGUCCUGUGUCACGAAUUUGGGAUCAAUACUUCGGUAGGGGACUAAAUCGAGACGAUUUGAUUUCUGAAUUUUCCAACCUUGGCAUCAACCGACCAUUUCCAACUCCGUUUCGUUCACUUUUGGGGAACAACAGCACGUACUACCGACCAUGGAGAACGGUGACACGACAAAACUCUGGUGGUUCGAGUACAAUCAAAAUGGAGAAAGAUAACUUUCAGGUAAUACUGGACGUUCAGCAAUUCUCACCGGACGAGAUCACAGUGAAGACGGUCGAGAAGAACGUUGUGGUCGAAGCCAAACACGAGGAGAGACAAGACGAACAUGGAUUUAUCAGUAGACACUUUGUGCGGAGAUACGUUCUGCCCACGGAUUACGAUGCGAUCAACGUUACCUCGACGCUUUCCUCCGACGGUGUUUUAACAAUUACGGCACCGAGAAAGGUAAUUUUCUUUCUCUUUAUCUGCUGCCACUUUCCCUCCCGCUCCUCCUCACUCCUAUCGUCAGGCGAAUCCGAAAUUAUAGUAAGCCUCGGAUUCGCCCACCUUUGCUUUCUCCGCUACUGUCGAUUCACGAAAACCGCGAAUGGACAGCGGGACACCUUUCGUCCCUCCCUCUUUCUUUCUUUCUUUGUUUCUUUUUUUUUUCUUUCUUUCUUUCUUUUCUUUCCAACCUUUAAUUCCAACCUUCCAAUGCCGUGGGCUUCUCUUUUCUCCCUGCUAGGCUAUUGCGUGCUCUUACAGAUGGUUGCCCACACGAUCUAAUUUUACGACACUGAGCUAAACGAUAAAAAGAAUAUACAACUUAUUAACGUUCAAGUACUUGACAAGACAAAAGUACACUUUUUUCGUUUUGUUAGCUUUUUUAUUUUCUUUUUUUUUUUUUUUUUUUUUUUUUUUUCUUUUUUUUUCUUUCAGUUUUCGAGAUCGAGAGAAGCGCUCGUUGCAUCUUAGCGCUUCGUUUUAAUUUAAAUUCUUAUGAGAUCGAUACGAUACGAAUGUUAAGAAUUUAUAAGAAAAAAUUGGGUCCGUUUAACGUAAUAAAAAAACAAAGAGCAAACGAUCUUCGAGUGCCUCCUCGACUCUACGAAUAAACUUCGUCAUUAGUUAAUUAAUAAUUCGUUAGUUUAUACGAUUAUUUAGCCGAUAAAUAAACAUAGGUUUCUCUUGGUUAAUUCAAAUAUUUAAAGUGACGCUACGUAACUCAAACGUUAAAGAGCUCAAAUGUUUUGCGUUUGUAUCUUCUUCCUUUUUAUACUUUUUAUCAAUUUGUUUUCAUUGUAUUUAUCAAGUUUUAUUCGUAAUUUUGAAAUUAUCCUAUUAUUAUUCGGCUUAGCUCCGAAACGCUAAUGUAUUUGAACGAAUCGACGGAUUCAAAUUUCCUUUUUUUUAACACACGUAGAUUCGUUUAGAAA